AUGAAUGAUAAAGAGAAAGAGUUAUGCCCUCGACUCAUCGACUUUCUAGUUGUGGUAGGAAAGAGGAAUCGCCCCAGAGGAACUCGACAGAGCAGUUCGGAUACAGUUCCUGAAACGACAGUGACAUACCCGGAAAUUUUGAGAAGAUACCCAACAGAUGAUCACAAAGAUUUCAUACUUCCCACAGACGUCACAGUCUUUUGCCAGCCGGAGGGAUGUACAACCACCAGUAAGUUGAUUAUCUCGGAUGGUUUCUUCAUACUAGUUGUUUUCAUGAUUUCUUUUAAAUGUAAUAUCCCUCAAAAUCCCUGUUUUACUUUCAAAUCCAUUCUCGUUUAUUUUCCAUUUUCAGGUAUCCGACUGCGAAAAAACAAUCGGAAUGAUCCUCAAUUUUUCGUGUUCAUGCUAACUGAAAAAGAUUCCGCCAAAAUUCGUUAUGGAAUAUGUCUCAACUUUUAUCAAUCGUUUGACAGACGAUCCACACCACGUGAUGAAGCCAGAAAACUUCCAGAUGAAACUCAUCACAAAAGACGCGACACCCAGAUCUCAUUAACAAGUCUUUGUUUCAUUUCUCACCAUCCAUUUGUUUCAAUUUUCCAUCAAGUGCUCCUUCUUCUGAAGCGCAUCAUUGACAGCAGCAACCACAGAGCAGCUCAUAGAACAGGACUCAAAGAUAUUGUUUGGGCGAUUUUGACGGGCCAUUAUAAUGAUCCAAUAGUUCCUGAAGUGAUGAAAGAAAUAAAAGAAGUUGAAACGUGGAUACUGAUGCUUCUGAGUUCUCCCGUCCCUGUUCCAGGAAAAACAAAAGUUCAGAUAGAAGUCAUGCCAAUGGAUCUGUCACAAAUUUUCGAGUUCGCUCUACCCGAUCACACUCGAUUCACUUUAAUAGACUUCCCAUUACACAUCCCGUUCGAAAUUCUUGGAAUUGAUUUAGCUCUUCGUGUUCUUACAGCAGCAAUGCUAGAAUUCAAAAUUGUCAUUCAAUCCCGAAAUUACAAUGCGGUUAGCAUGUGCAUUCUUUCAAUUGUGGCUCUGCUGUACCCAUUAGAAUAUAUGUUUCCUGUUAUACCUCUUCUGCCAGCGUACAUGCCGUCAGCUGAGCAGCUGCUUCUCGCGCCUACUCCUUUUUUGAUUGGCGUACCCUCAUCAUUCUUCCAUCAUCGUAAAAUCAAGGAACUGCCUUCUGACGUUAUUCUUGUGGAUCUGGACACGAACUGCUUACAAGUGCCAGAUGAUUUGUACAUUCCGGACCUUCCGGAACCAGAUGCCACACAGUUAAAGUGUUUUUUGCUGGAAGAUUUCAUGGGUUUUCAGGAUAAAUUAAGAGACGCAAUAAACAGAAUGACCACAAUGACUGUUGAUAACGAAAACAGUGUGACAGAUGCGGAUUUCGGGAUUGAUAUUGACAGCGUUGAUGUGGCAUGUAGAGUAGCAAUGGUUCAGUUCUUCAAUUCGCAUAACGUCUUUGGCAACUUUAGUGAGCACACAAGAACUCUCCGUUUAUAUCCAAGGCCAGUUGUUUCCUUACAAACGGAGUCUUUUCUAAGAAGUCGUCCACAGUGCACACAAUUCAUCACAGAUCUGUGUCGUACACAAGCGGUGGAAUACUUUGCAGAAUGUUGCCUUUGUCCCAAAAACGAGACAUUUGUAAGAGUUCAAGCUGGUAUAGAAAGUGCAGAACAAGUUGGCGAUAAGCCGAAAUGGUUUACCGAAUCACUAAUGCCAGUUCAUUUUACGGUUUGUAAAUUUAUAAUUUUUGUCUCAACCAACUCAUUUUUUUUCAAGGUUUACCCCACUAACUCAACUUUGGACUCUGCUAUUCGAAUCUUCAAUGCUGAAGUCGAUGUAGAUGAUUAUGAGAAUGACAGUGCAACUUCGACAGAAAACUCCAACAGCAUCGACGAUUUAGUUUUCGACGAAAAUCUGGCUUCAGGUACGUACGAUACUUUAUUUUUCAAAACAUGCAAUAUAGUUUUCAUUGUAGACGUUGGAGGAGAGGUCACCAAGCCACUCGCAGAAGUGAAUUACAUUUAUAAAGAACCAAUGACUCUAGAACUUCCUCCAAGCGAAAGUGCUGUUUCUAUAGAUAGCUCAUUGAGCAGUGGACGCAGCAGCCCGGACUCGUCGCUUUCAACAUCCGCCGUCGACAGUGAAGCUGACUUUGCCAGACUUGCAGAUAACUUGGCGUUGAAAUCAAACUCGCAAGGUGCCUUUUCCUUUGAUCAUGGUAGCGAUUCGGAAUAUGAGUCAACACCAGUAUCUCAGAGACGCAAAACAAUUCAUAAUCCUGGAAGUGAAGCAUCGGAUACACCAACUAGUCGGGGGUCUAUAAAGUCUGGAUUAAGAAUGAAGGGGCUCUCCUCGUUUACGGAUUCAGGUGAAAAAGUUCUUGGACCUAGCUUCAUGAAUGCAAUAAAUGGAUAUGCUGAAAAAAGCCAAAGCGUUUUCAGUCAGGUAAUCAAUAAAACCGCUCCAAAAGCCCAAGCACUCAAAGAACGAACAAUGAAGCCGUUGGCAACAAAAAUUGAACAGAGCCAGCACAUAGUAAGAUCAAAAGCUCUCCCAAACCCUACAAGUCAACAGACUGCAAAUCAGCAAAGCAAAAACCAGCAAACUGUAAAAGAGUUUUGUGAUCAAGCACUAGCUGGACAAAGCGUGGGCAUGUUUUCUGCUCCAAAACUGCGUCGGUUGAUGGAGGAUGAGAGUCUACGAGAAUUAGUGUGCUCAAAACUGAAUCUUGGGUUGGAAGUAAAACUUUCGGAAGAUGAGUUUGUUAAAGAAGUGCAACUGACAAAGGGACAGUUCAAAGCAUAUGUCAAAAUUUUGAAAGCCUGUUUGGAAGGAAUCGAGGUCUCAUUCAACACUCCAGGGUGUUGUGGUUUUGCCAGCGUGUUUCACGUAUUGGAAAUUGCGCACACUCAUUAUUGGGCUAUGGGUGGUGGUGAUGCGAUAACUCCGAGUAGCUCUGCUCCGAGCACUAUGACUACUCCAUCAGAGAACUCGAAUGACUUCAUCAAAGAAACUGCUCCACGACCUAAGCUGCCAGCUUCCACCAUUGAUCUUCGCACUCCAACAAAACCUCUUGGGCAAAGUACGACCACACCUGCUUCUGAAACCCAAGACAAACUACAAGCAUCUCGGCAGUCAGUUGUUCCACCACCUAUUCCUCCUCGAGAAGCUCCACCUGUUCCCAAGCGGAAUCCUCCACCUUCUGGCGCUCCACCAAAACUUCCUGAAGGAACUCGAGCCCCACCACCACUACCACCAAGACCGAAGGUGAAAACCACGGCUCCUCCACCAACAGAAAUUUUUGAAGCUAACAGUCAACAUGCUCAGCCAAGUUCUCCGGGUUUCCCGGCGGAUGCUGACGAGCAGACAAAACCACUGCUGAAGCAUGUGCCUCCGACAUCCCUUCCAGUAGGCAAGCAAGAGCCUUGCAAGGUUCUUCCGACACCAAAUGAGCCGGUCAGACACUACAUCUAUCAAGAAUUGAUUUUAGCGAUUCAACAUCAAUUUUGGCAAAACCUCCAAUUCUGGGAAAACGCAUUUGUGGAUCUAGUCGCACAGGAGAGAGAAAUAGUUGGGAUGGAUCAAGAGCCAUCAGAAAUGAUCGACAGAUACUCAGCACUUAAUGAUUCUGAGAAAAAGCGUUUAGAGUUAGAAGAGGAUCGCCUCCUCUCCACACUUCUGCAUAACAUGACAGCUUAUAUGAUAAUGUGCGGGACGGGACAAAGGGCACUUCAACAAAAAGUGCGGCGACUUCUCGGAAAAGCUCAUAUUGGUUUGGUGUGUUCCAAGGAAAUCAAUAAGCUGCUUGAUGAGUUGCCAUCUACACAAGGAAAUUUCAUCCCGUUGAAACCUCUCGGUAGUCGUUUAGUGCAAAAACAAUCGUUCACUGUUUGUCCGGGUCCUAACGCGGAUGGCCAAAUGAUGUUUAUGGAGGUGUGUGAUGAUGCAGUGGUUCUGAGGGCUAUAACUGGAGCGGCCACCGAGCGAUGGUGGUACGAACGUCUUGUGAAUAUCACAUACUCUCCGAAAACAAAAAUACUUUGCUUAUGGCGGCGGCAUGAUGAUAAAGUUCACAUGCACAAAUUUUACACAAAAAAAUGUCGCGAGCUUUAUCAAUGCAUGAAAGCAGCUAUGGAAAGAGCAGCAGCCAGAGGGAAAGUUAAUGUGGAAGGUCGGGCUCUGGGUGGAGAGUUUCCUGUUCAUGAUACAGAGAGCAAUCUAGGAGGCUUGUUACAAGUAAGUUUUAACAUGUUAUUUCUUCUAGUUUAUUUAUGUUUCAGGUCCGUUGUGAUGAUAUUUAUUGGACUUUCCAAUAUCAAGAAAUGCAACACGUUUGGUGGAAAUGUUUUCUUAUUAGAAGAAUUUGACCGCAAAAAAGGCGAAAUCAUUCAAAGAAGAUACUUUUCGCAAAUGGCUGAUCAAAUUUGCUAUGCAGUUCUUUGUGUUUUUUCCUUUGCUGCUGCUGGACACAAAAAAGAAGAGCAUAGUAAAUAA